UCGUUCUUCGAAUGCCUUCGCACUUGGUGGUCCACGUAUUUCAUCACUUGCAUUUGGCCAGCACAUCAUAGCUACCUCUUAUAGCUGUAAUCUUCACCAAAUUGGAGAGAUGAGCUUCCAGAACCAGCUCUUCAUCUUCUGCACGUUGCUACUAGGGUUUCUGAAGUUGGCAGAAGGCAAAACGAGGCACUACACCUUCCAUAUCGAUUCCCAUAACAUGACGAGGAUGUGCCACACGAGGAGUGUGCUGAGUGUAAACAAGCAGUAUCCAGGGCCGCCGCUUGUGGCGAGGGAAGGCGACAACAUCCUCGUCAAGGUGGUGAAUCAUGUUGCCGCCAACGUCACGAUUCACUGGCAUGGGGUUCGGCAACUGAGGACGGGAUGGGCGGAUGGACCGGCUUACGUAACCCAGUGUCCCAUACAGACCAACCAGAGCUACACCUACAACUUCACCCUCACCGGCCAGAGAGGAACGCUGCUGUGGCACGCGCACGUCUCGUGGCUAAGAUCGAGCAUCCACGGCCCCAUCAUCAUCCUCCCCAAGCGGAACGAGUCCUACCCGUUCGAGAAACCCUCCAAGGAAGUCCCCAUAAUAUUUGGAGAGUGGUUUAAUGUAGACCCCGAAGCGGUCAUCGCCCAAGCUCUUCAGAGUGGAGGAGGUCCCAAUGUCUCCGAUGCCUAUACCAUCAAUGGCCUUCCAGGACCCUUGUACAAUUGCUCCUCUAAAGACACCUUCAAGUUGAAGGUGAAACCUGGGAAGACAUACCUCCUCCGGCUGAUCAACGCUGCACUCAACGACGAGCUCUUCUUCAGCAUAGCCAACCACACAGUCACCGUCGUCGAGGUUGAUGCCGUGUACACCAAGCCCUUUUCUGCGGGCUGCCUCCACCUAACCCCGGGCCAAACCAUGAAUGUCCUCCUCAAGACAAAAACCGACUUUCCCAACUCCACCUUCCUCAUGGCAGCGUGGCCCUAUUUCACCGGCAUGGGCACUUUCGACAAUUCCACCGUCGCCGGAAUCCUUGAGUACGAACAUCCAAAGAGCUCAAAUUACCCGCCGCUCAAGAAGCUCCCCCAAUAUAAACCAACUCUCCCUCCCAUGAACAGCACCGGUUUUGUCGCCAAAUUUACAGGGCAAUUGCGUAGUUUGGCCAGCGCUAAGUUUCCUGCCAACGUGCCACAAAAGGUUGACAGAAAAUUCUUCUUCACCGUCGGCCUUGGGACCAGUCCGUGCCCCAAAAACACCACGUGUCAAGGACCAAAUGGCACGAAAUUCGCCGCAUCAGUCAACAACAUAUCGUUUGUGCUGCCGUCCGUCGCUCUCCUGCAGGCUCACUUCUUCGGCCAGUCCAACGGAGUGUACACCACGGACUUCCCCACCAACCCGCCCGUCCAGUUCAACUACACGGGGACGCCGCCAAACAAUACCAUGGUGACCAACGGCACCAAGACGGUGGUGUUGGCAUACAACACAAGUGUAGAGCUGGUGAUGCAGGACACGAGCAUCCUCGGCACGGAGAGCCACGCGCUUCAUCUGCACGGGUUCAACUUCUUCGUUGUCGGGCAAGGGUCCGGGAACUACAACCCGAAUAAAGACCCGACCAAAUUCAAUUUGGUGGAUCCGAUCGAGAGGAACACGUUCGGUGUUCCCUCAGGAGGAUGGGUGGCCAUUCGUUUCCUAGCUGACAACCCAGGGGUAUGGUUCAUGCACUGCCAUUUGGACGUGCACACGAGCUGGGGUCUGAAGAUGGCAUGGAUAGUCCUGGACGGACCACAGCCCAAUCAGAAGUUACCGCCGCCACCGUCGGACCUUCCGAAGUGCUGACUUUGACAGCCACCCAGGACGGUAACCGAGCCACCGCAAAAAUGAAGAUUUUCUCCGCCGAGUGUUCUUCCUUUUUUUUUUGGUAAUUAUGUAUCGUUUGUUGGUAUAAUUCUUUUGUGUCAUUCUUCUUGAUCAUAGCGACCCUGCCCCUUCUUUCAAUGUUGGUUGAGAAAGACAGUACAACAGCUCAACUGCGACCAUGAAUGCGGUCGAGUAUUUUAAUGAUCUCUUUAUCAAUCUUAAUCCUCAACUACCAGAAGUGGUUUCGCCCGACGAGGUUUCUGUCCA